AUGGACUGUUUUGAGGACUCAACUGCAAUAUUUUGUAGUAGUCACCCAAAUCUUAAAGUGAAUUAUAUUAAAUUUUCUUAAGAAAAUUCAGAACUGAAGUGUCAAGAAUGUAUGUUUGAAGAAGGCUAAUUGGGUGAUUACAUUUCUAUUCAAUCUAUUAAAAUGUGUAAUGAUGAUUAUAUAUUUAAGAAUUGGCCACCAUUAACUGAUUAUUCCUUGCUCUAAGAUAUUAAGGCAAUUACAAAACCUGAUGCUAAUUCGAUAGAGCAAUUAGAAUUGUAAAUUGAUAAAAUAAUUAGAAACAUAAUCACUAAUUUGGAAUAAGAAAAGAAAAAAAUGAUAUAAAAAAUAAUAAGUUUAAGAGAAAAGAAACAAGAGAUUCUUACGCUUUAUAAUGAGAUUUCAGGAAGAGAUCAGUUUAAAUAAUUAAUUAAUUUUAAUUAAUAAAUAAUAAAGCAAAAUAUUAUUGAUAUAAAAUAAUUUAUAUCAGAAAAAUUUUAAUAAAAAGUAUAAAACACAACUAUCUUAAAGUAACAAUUACAAAAAUAUAAGAAUUAAAAUAUUUGUAGAUUUGAUGAUACUGAAACAAUAAGAAAUUCUAUUGAAGAUGAAAUAGAUGUUUUCAUCAUAAAGUUACAGUAAUUAAUUCAAUCAGAAAUAUAUUUGUAAACAUCAUAGUAAGCAUAGCUGAAUUUACUACUCGGAAACUCAAUCUUUUGUAAAAAAGGAGGAGACUAAUUUCCUAUUAUAAAAAGAGAUGAUUUAUAUUAAAAUAAAAUAUCGAUAAUUAAAAGUCUUGAUACUGAUGAUUUAAUGUAUUUUAAAUAUAAUUUAACUAAAAAUAAAUAUUAUACAAUAAGAUUUAAGUUUAAUAAUCAAGCAGGGAACUGUUUUAUAAUCGGUGUUAUAAAUUAAAAAGAUUUGUCUUGUCUUUAGAAAAAUCAUUUAGGAAAGGUCUUUUGUGAAAAUAACACUACUUAUUGUGGACGAGUAACAAAAGGAAGUUAUUUUGACUCAGUAUAGAAAGAUAAAAUUUUAGAAAUGAGAUUAGAUAUAGAAAACUCAUAGCUAUAGUUUUUAGAUUAUCCUAAUUAUUUAUCAGUUAAUGAACUCAAUGAAGAAUAUUAUUUAAAAUAAGAUGCAGAUUAUUUUUUAGCUAUUUAAUUUAUUAAUAACGAAAAAUAUCAAACAAUUAUUGAUUUAAUUUAUUUUGAAGAAAUAUAAAAGUGA